UGCCGAUCAACAGACAAACGUAUAAUAUUACCUACCAAUAAUUUGUGCACCAUGCAGCCAAUACGAUGGCGUACGGCAAUCAACUGUUACUUAUACUUGGGCUGCGUUUUGCUGAUUUUUGCAGUUCGUCGAACGGUUUCUAUUAGGGUAGACUCCGAAAAUGUCGAACCACUCGAAGACAAGGAGUUCAACGACGAGGUCCCGGAGAAAGCAGAAGAAGACAUAGAAGCGGAAAAAAAACACUUCAUGGAUGCAUAUUCAUUGUUGAGCGGACCAAAACAACUCGAAUUCGGGCACGUGUUCGAAGACCCCAAAGUUUGGGAGCAGAGAUACGAGAAAAAAGAUUUUGACGACCACAGGUAUCAAGGAAAGGUCAAGUGGGGUGACAAAGACGGCGGUUACGGUGAACACUAUUGGGACUUUAACCACGGCGGUGCAGGAGAAUCAACACCAUAUUACGACGAUGGCGAAGAACCCGAAGGCAAUGGUCAUUUGGAACAACAUAGAUCGCCAUAUCCGGCCUAUCCACAGGGAGAAACCGAAGAUGGUGAUCACUUGGAACAAUAUAAUAUGUCUCCUUACCCUGAAUAUGCACAGGAAAGUCGCCAUAAGGCCGUCGUAUAUGAGCCGUUGGUGUUGACGCUGGUGAAGACCAACCAGAUGAUCAAGAAACCCAACAGAAACAUUCGCAGUAAUUAUUCCAAGAGGGUUCCUCCCGUCGCAGAUACCGCUAUGUUACCGGCCAGGGUGAAUGCUAACGAUAAAAAAUCAGCCCCAGUGCUGGUGUUCGACAUGAAAACCGGUGUGGUGUUAGACGAAGCCACGGGAAACAAGUACACGUUGAGACCGUUGAACGAUAAUUAAAAAUAAAAGUU